ACUAUUCUCCUAUUUGCGAUUUCGACCGUCCAGUCUUCAUCUAUCUAAUUUUAGCCCUCACCCUUCAACUUCUAUUCGAAGAUGGACGACAAUCCUGAAACAACAGGAGCGCCUGCGAUUUCUACCAGCGGCGACCAACCUCCUGCUGCGGUAACAGAACCUACUGUGGAAGCAAACAACGGCACGUCUGUGCCUGUUCAAGACUCGGCGGCUGUAGAUCACUCUUUCACCACACCAUUUCUCAAUCAAGGCAACGGUUUCAUUCCUCAGGUGCAGGACUUUGCCGCCAUAAAUCCUACCAUCAAUGGCAAUGGUACUCUUCCCAUGGGUGUGAUGAUACCUACCAACCCGCCAUUACCUGAGUUCCACGCCUCGCAUGCGCCGCAGCCGGUAAAUGGCCACGCGAUGAGUGCUGAGGAAAUUGCUCUUUAUGACCGCCAGAUCCGGCUUUGGGGCAUGCAGGCGCAACAAAAAAUCCAAGCAGCCAACAUACUUCUGAUCUCUAUGAAAGCGCUGGGCAACGAGAUUGCCAAGAACUUGGUCCUUGCUGGUAUCGCAUCUCUGACCAUUGUUGAUGAUCAGAUUGUAACAGAGGCUGACUUGGGUGCUCAAUUUUUCCUCUCUCAGGAGAACAUUGGGCAAAAUCGUGCCGAGGCUGCUGCCGUUCAAGUACAAAAAUUGAAUCCUCGUGUCAAGGUCUUUCCCGACUCUGGUAGUAUCAUGACGAAAGGAGCAUCCUACUUCGCUGCUUUUGAUGUAGUCAUUGCUGUUGACCUUGAUCCCACCCUCCUUGCGUUUAUCAACACUGCUACUCGCCUACACAACCGUCAAUUCUACGCUGCCGGUGUGCAUGGUGUCUACGGCUAUAUAUUCUGCGACUUGAUAGAGCAUGAUUACGUUUUGAAACGUGACAAAGCGAACGUAGCCACCACUGUCGGCCCCGAGUCACGUUUUCGCAGUGUGAUUGACGUACAGACACAGAAGGAAGGCGGUAAGGUCAUUGAAAUGGUAACAAAACGAGACUUCUACUCGACGUGGGACCUCGUGUCAGAGACGAGCCUUCUCCCUGCAGAGUAUACGAAGUCGAAACGACGGCUCAAAGCUGUCUCGCCGGCCCUAUCCUGUCUCCGUGCCCUUUGGGGAUUCCACACAGCGCAUCACCGCGCUCCCAACCAUAAUAAGCAAGACCUGGAGUGGUUUACCAGGUCCGCGACACACAGUCACCAAUUGCUCUCUUUGCCGCCUGAGACACUCCGCUCCGAGUUCCUGCGCAGCUUUUUACAGAACAUUAACAGCGAGAUCGUGCCGGUGACAGCAAUCCUCGGGGGCCAGUUAGCCCAAGACGUCAUCAACGUUCUUGGCCAAAACCAGCAACCUAUACAGAACAUGGUCAUCUUUGACGGUAACAAGAUGGAGGCAAACAUGUACCCCCUACACCCUGAAGGCAACCUCGGCCGUUCCCAGCUGGACUAUGGUUACUCGCUGCCAAUGGGAAUGGGGCAGAUUCCCGUGGAUAUGACUCAAGGACCUCAAGACAUGUUCCAGAUGAUGCCGGUAGAAAUGGCGAAUACUACAAUCCCCCAGGACACAACUCCACAAAAUAUGAUUCCACAAGGCACAACUGAGAAUGACCCUUCAGUCCCGGCUGAAAGCGAAAGUUGACGUGAGCUUACAUGACCCUUGAGAAUCUCUGCAUUUUCAGUAGAAGAUUGAAACAAAAAACCCAAUCUCUUAUUAACAUCGUCUUGGAACAUCCUUGAGAAAAUCAAAAUAGAGAGGUGCAUACAUGACACAUAUUCCGCCAUAUGUGCUUCUUUCUUUCUCGCCACUAGACUGAGUAUACUAGAGAAGAACUCGUCAUUUCUGGAUUGU